AUGACUCCAAAGCGUAUGGCAUGUGGUGCGCGGAGGCGGCUCAGCCGGCAACAGCGCAGCGCGGCCCACGCCGCUCUCGGCUCUGUGCAGCGCCGCCGCCCCGCAGGGCCUCACCCAGGGCGGGCGGCUCGCGGCCCCCAGCAGCGCCGGUUCUCCCCGUCCCCACAGCCGUUACCUCCCGGGGCUGAGUACCGCUGGCAGGCCCGGCCCGGCUCGGCUCUCCUCACACGCGGUGCCCGCCCCGCGCCUCCCCCAAGCCGGUCGCAGGAUGCUGACGCUCCGCCGCCUCCGCCCCCGCCAGCCCUGCCUGUAACGGCCAGUCACCGCCGCCCGUGCCCGGCUCGGCCGGCCCCGCUCUGGUGCCGGUCCCUCGCCCCCCGCUUCCCGCUCUGCUGCCCGCCCCUGCCGGCCCCGCUCUCGGAUUGCAGUGAUGUGGAGAGCCGGAGGUGCCCCCGUGGCGCGGGGAUGGAGUCAGGAGAUGCCCAGGAGGACGAUAUCACAUCUGCUGCUCCCAACAAGCCCGGGCCACCUGGCAUGGGAGGGUGCGGGCACAGCAGUAUGUGAGUCACCUCGGACACACAGGUAAUGUUCCGUCUAAAUCAGAUAAUUCCCUGCUGCUGCGUUCACCGGCGGCUUGGGAUGCACAGGGGUGGAGAAAAAGCCAUUUCUCCACAAUCAAGAAUGCCAUCAACGUAUGCUUAACUGAGAGCUGUGUAGAUGACCACUGGUGAGUUUUGGUUUUCUUUAUCAAUGAUGUGAUUUCAUCAAUCGUGAGGGAAAAUUUGGCCAUUAUCUUUGGUGAGAACAUUUUUACGUUAUGCUAUUGACCCGCCCGUAUCAUAAUUGCAGAAGUCUUUGUUAGUUAUGAAACUCUCCUCCAUCUCAUCUAAACAUAAUGUAUGCAGUUUCAGAGGUUUCUUAAACUGCAGACUCCUACUCAGCUGUUUUUCUGACUGGCAAUCACAGCUCUAUUCUGCCUUUAUAUCUGCACCUACCUUGGUUUUUUGUGUGUCGUUUCUUCAUGCCAUUUGCAAUAGUUUAUAUUCUUGUGUCCUUUCUUUCCCUUAAAAAACCGCUGUUCAGGUCACUGUGGGCCUGACUGUAUACAAGACAGAACAGAUCCUCGUCUUCACAGGCACUCAGCUUACUGGAAAAGAUCAGGAUGCUCAACCAGUGUGAAAAGGGAUAAUAACAAGGCAGAUGUACAUAAAGCAACAAGUGGGAAGAAAAUAUUUGUUUGGGAAUUUAAGCAGAUGCAGCUACAACCAGUUCCUUUCAUCUACUGAUGCGUGAACGUUACGUUUCAUUUUCAAGUGCUGUUUAGUCAGUGAGGCAUUGGAAACAAUGCAGUUAGACGUAAUAAACCGUUUUCUUUUGCUA